AUGUUUGGAUCUCGCAAGCUAUCAACCACGGCAACGGCUAACGACUUAUCCUACGUGGAGGGGCUCAUCGAUGUCAUCGGCUACGGUAGAUUUCAGUACUGGCUGCUACUGCUCUGUUCAGUGGGAUACUUUGCGGUAUGCUCGGAACUUCUGGUUGUGGUGUUCAUCCAACGUCAAGUCAUGGAGGAGUACAACCUUACUCCAACAAGGUACGCCUUCUUCCCCUUCCUGACUUCGCUCCUAUCGAUGAUCUCCUCGACACUGUUCGGAUAUCUGAGCGAUCGUAUCGGUCGUAAGUGGCCGUUCGUUAUUACGCUUCUCAUCUCGGCUGUAGCUGGUAUUGCCUCCGCCUUCUCCUGGAGCUUCUGGUCUCUGGUCAUGUUUCGCUGCAUCGUCGCUAUUGGUCUCGGUGGACUCUCCUCGUUGGACUAUCUCAUCUACGUGGAGUUCACACCACAGUCUCGUAGAUGCCUCUACUCAACUAUCGUCUUCAUUGGGGGCUGUCUCGGUGUCCUCUAUUUGGCCGGGGUUAACCUUGCUAACCUCUCCUUCUCCGGUAUCCCACAAUGGAGAGUUCUUCUUGUUCUGGCCGCGGCGCCUCUGCUUCCGACUGCCAUCCUUAGGUGGUACUUCCGUUGCGAGACUCCGCGAUAUUUGAUGUCUCGAAGGAAGGUAUCCGAGGCUCAUAAGGUGCUUGUCCACAUGGCCCACAAGAAUAACAGCGGUGAGGAUGCAGUCCCGACUCUCGACGAGUUCUCUUCCAGGACCAAAGAGGAGGCCGCUGGUGAACAGUUCUCGCUUGAGACGGGACGAUUCGGCUUCGGAGAAGCGCUUAGAUACAUAUACCACGGAGAAGAGUUUGCCCGAGCUACUAUUCCAUUAUGUUUGAUUUGGUUACUGCAGGCCACUGCCUAUUGGGGUCUCACACUUUUCCUGCCAGGCUUCCUGGUUCAAUCUGGUCUCAACCCAAAUUUUACGCUCUUUUUGAUGGUCCUUUGUGAACUCCCCGGUACAGCAGUUAUCGCCGUGCUGCUGAAGAAGAUGUCGAUGAGUGUAUGUCUUCGUAUCUUCGAAGGGUGUGCAUGCUUGGCCUGCCUCUGGUGCACCUUAGCUUCGUAUUUCGGUGCUUCAGUCGUAGUAGCUGUUGCUUCGUGCGCUAUUUACUUUUUCCUCAUCCCUUGUUGGUGUAUCAUCUUCGUACUUACUCCAGCAGUCUAUCCACCACGUUAUCGUGGUUCAGCUUCAGGGAUGCUCAGCGCCAUCGCUGGCCUGACGGGCGUAGUGUCCCCGUUCAUAUCGGCGACGGUUUCUGAGUCGUCUCGUGGUCGCCAGUGGCUCUAUAUGGCGGUCUGGACGGUGGUCAUUGGUCUGAACUUUCUCGUGGCUCUUUUAUGGUUGAAGGUUAAGAACGAAAGGAAAUUUGAUUCAUAAGUGUGGGAUAAGGAUAUCACACUUCAGAUUGUUGUGUCGAGCGAAUGAACGCGGAUUUUAACCAGAUGGUACUCAACAUAUCUAG